UACAAGUGUCCAUAAGGUCACUAUAAUCCCACUGUCGCAAUGAAAACCUAGUACAUAUUUGGCAAUUUUUACUCAUAGACGCGACAGCACUCGAAAUGAAUGACGAAACACACAGAACUUAUUCUCCAAUGUGAAAUUAAUGUUAUAUCUAUCACAAUUCAGUCCAAUAUCUCUUUAACCUUAACCUUUAGAUAAGUGGUACUGAUAUUGCAUAAUUAAAAAUUCUACUCGUAUGUUAAUACUAGUUGUUAAUGAAAGAAUGUGAACAGAAACAAACACGAAAAUGGAAAACAAUAAACUGUGGGGUGGACGCUUCACGGAAUCCACAGACACCAACCUAGAGAAACUAAACUCUUCGAUCAAUUUCGAUAGACGUAUGUUCGCUGAAGAUGUCGAAGGUAGCAAAGCAUAUGCCGAAGCUUUAAAAAAAAUUAAUCUUCUGACGGAGCAAGAAACAACACUCAUAUGCGACGGUUUGGAUAAAGUCAAAAUCGAAUGGGAUAAAAAUUCGUUUGAGAUUAAAGAAGGUGAUGAAGAUAUUCACACUGCUAACGAACGACGACUUAAAGAAAUUAUAGGCGAACCUGCUACGAAACUGCACGUUGGACGAAGCAGGAACGACCAAGUGGUCACUGACAUGAAACUAUGGCUAAGAACGCGCCUAAGAGACCUUGACAACACUGUACGAUCUUUGAUUAAAGUUAUAGUCACCAGGUCGGCAAAUGAGAUUGACGUGAUGAUGCCCGGCUACACGCACUUGCAGAGGGCACAACCUGUCAGAUGGAGUCACUACUUGUUAAGCCACGCUUGGAAUUUACAAAAAGACUGCAACCGGUUGGACGAUAUCGUCAAAAUUGUCAAUAUCCUUCCGCUAGGGAGUGGAGCUAUUGCUGGAAACCCUUUCCCUAUUGAUAGACUCGACCUAGCAUCUUCUCUUGGUUUCAACUCUGUUACGCAAAACAGCAUGCAAGCAGUCGGAGAUCGCGAUUUCAUUGCCGAGUUUUUAUUUUGGGCGUCAAUGGUUGGCAUUCAUUUGAGUCGACUAGCCGAAGACUUGAUUCUAUACAGCUCGAAGGAAUUCGAAUUUGUGACAAUCGGUGAUUCCUACUCAACUGGGAGUAGUUUAAUGCCACAGAAACGAAAUCCUGACAGUCUAGAACUCAUCAGGGGCAUCGGCGGAAGUCUCUUCGGACAAUGUUGCAGUUUCAUGAUGGUCCUUAAAAGUCUCCCCUCCACUUACAACAAAGACUUGCAGUACGACAAAGAAGCGAUGUUCACCACCUUCGACAAGCUAAAAUCAAUCCUCGAGGUCGCCACCGGAACCGUUGAAACUUUGAAGAUUAACCAAGAUAAGUGUAAAAACGCUCUUAGUUUUGAAAUGUUGGCAACCGAUGUGGCUUACUACUUGGUCCGUAAAAAAAUUCCGUUUAGAGAGGCGCAUUAUCUAGCAGGGAAAGUCGUAGCCGAAGCAGAACGAAAAGAGGUCUCUAUCUGCGAUUUAACUUUAGAAGAGUUGAAGAAUAUAAGUCCCGCUUUUGGUGUCGAUGUUGGGAAAGUAUGGAAUUAUGAAAACAGCAUUGAGCAGUAUCAAGCGAUUGGGGGAACAGCUAAAUCGAGUGUUAUGAAGCAAAUCGAUCUGCUUGAAAAAUGGCUGAUUCAAAACUGAUAAAAAUAAAUGUUAUGAGUA